UCCUCCCCUCUCCCAACACCAUAAUCACCUUUGUCGGUCCCCUUUCUCUCUCUCUCUUCAUGUUUCUAUUCCAACCUUGAUUCACAAUCUCCCUCAUUCACUCCAACAAAAAAAAAAAAAACACAACCCCAUCACUCUCUCUUUCUCGCAUUCUUCAACCUUCCUUGUGUUAAUUAAUUUCAUCACAACAUGAAAGAACAACAAAAACAAAAAAUAUUUCAAAGAAGCUCAAGUGCAUGCACCGUCACAACAAGAAACAGCCGAAGAAUCCUCCCUUCAAACCUAACCCAUCACUUCCGCUCCUUCGAAUCCGAUGAUGUCUCCGACAAUCUCCUCGUGCGGCGAGGAUCCUCGCCUUCGGUCUCAAACUUGUACCAACAGCAACAACACACACCAAAGCUAACGCAACAAAACAAGAUAUCUUCACUCAUACGCUCGUUCUUGAACAUCUUCACGUUCCCAACAAUGAUCCCAACAUGCAAGUGGCUCACGAUUCCGUCGCAGCUCUCCGUGACUCCUUCCCUUGGCCGAAAAGUCACCGGAACCCUCUUCGGGCACCGCCGUGGACACAUCUCUUUCGCCGUGCAGCUCCACCCCCGCGCCGAUCCCGUCCUCCUACUCGAGCUCGCCAUGUCCACCUCCUCGCUCGUCAAGGAGAUGUCCUCUGGCCUCGUGCGCAUCGCGCUUGAGAGCCAGAAACUGUCUGCCUCCACUAUUACGCGUACAAUGCGUAGCAAUAGUGGCAGACAGCAGCAGUGCAAGCUCUUUCAGGAGCCUUCGUGGACCAUGUAUUGCAACGGGAGGAACUGUGGCUAUGCCGUGUCCCGUACGUGCGGGGACCUCGACUGGCACGUGCUGAGCACCAUUCAGAGCGUGUCCGUCGGUGCCGGGGUCAUCCCUCUCCUGGAGGACGGAAAGGCGGCCUCCGCCGCCGCCGGCGGUGGGUCGGAGGGUGAGUUGAUGUACAUGAGGGCGAGGUUUGAGCGAGUCGUGGGGAGCCGUGACUCGGAGGCGUUUUACAUGUUGAAUCCUGAUGGUAAUGGGGGACCUGAACUUAGUAUUUUUCUAUUGAGAAUAUAAUUAUGAUCAAUUAGUGAAGAUUGCUGACAAAAGAAAAGAAUUGUCAUAAGACUUUCACUUUGUUGUUUGAAAUAGUCUUAAGAAAAAGAAAAUAGGGGAUUCGAAUUAAGAUUGAUGUAUUGUUUAGGGAUGACCUCUUGUUUGCUGCUCUCUUUUUCUUUUUCUUUUUUUUUCUGUUUUUCUAUUAUGUCCAUAUAUAUGAAGAUAUAUGAAAGAAUAUGUGAUUUAUUUUCAGAUCA